CCUCCCCCUCCCCCUCCCCCUCCCCCUAUGCCUCCUACCAUGGGCUCUGGUGGUCCUCCUCCUCCUCCUCCUCCUCCCCCUAUGCCUCCUACCAUGGGCUCUGGUGGUCCUCCUCCCCCUCCUCCUCCUCCUCCUCCUAUGGCUGGUUCUCCCGCUCCUGGAUCAUCUUCUUUGCCCGUUGUCAAUGACUCUCGUAAUGCUCUUUUAGAUGCCAUCCGUGGUGCUGGCGGUAUUUCCUCCUUAAGAUCCACACCUGCAGAAGCACGUAGAGACCGUAGUAAUCCACUCAGUAAUGCAGCCUCAGGAGCUGCUGUUGGUGCUGGUGGUGCUGCUGGUGGUGAUUUAGCCACAAGCUUAUUAGCAGCAUUGAAUGACCGAAAGAAGGCCAUUCAAUCUGACGAUGAUUCAGAUAGUGAUGAUGGAAGUGAUUGGGAUGAUUAA